AUGUCGUUUGGAUUUGGCGUCGGCGACUUCGUAGCCAUUUCAAGAAUUACGAUAACGCUCUACCGCUCAUUCAAGAAUGCGUUCGAGGAGUUCGAAGAAGUCGGCCGACAGCUGGAAUCGCUUCAGAUCGUGAUCGCCGAUCUUCGCGAUCAAGCAGACGAUGAACAGUCGUUACUAAAUCGAAAUGGAGCCCAGAGAAAGGGCGAAUUCCUCGUCAUCCACGAUAAUCUGAUGCAGACCAUGUCUGAACUCGGAGAUCUACACAAGCGCGCGCAACAGAUGGGGCGGAGGAGUUGGACGAGGUUUCGCCUGGGUCAACAGGAUUUAUCUGCGCUGAGAGGCAGGCUCACCAUUCAUAUCGCCGCCUUGACGGCUUUCGCUGGGAGUCUGACGAUGUCUGCCGUUAGUCGAUUGGAGCCUAUGAUUCAGAGAAUAUACGACAUCUUGAAUGAGAGAGCGAGACAAGGCGCGCUGACCGCGUCUUCAGUGCUGGACGCAGUUACGACCGAGCAGGAGGGUAUGGAUCAAUUGAUCAAUCUCGAGCUGAGAAGCGAAGGUAUUCCCCAGGAAUUUAUCGACGACAAUCGUGGAGCUAUUACCUCGAUUGCCUGGAGCGUUGUAGAGGCGAACAGCUUGUUUGACGAUAAUGCAACGCUGGUUGAUUUUGAACGUAUAGAGCCCGACGUUAGUAGCGACCAAAUGGAGGAGCUCAACAUCAGGAGUGACCAAAUAGAGGAGCCCAGCCUCAAUAGCAACGAUCGGAUUGUCUAUGGCAACAUCAGAACAUUCACAUCUGAUGAAGCAAAAACACGGAUCAAGAUUAUGAAUCAUACUGGUUUCGACGUCAAGACCAUCAAGCCUUCAGACUCGAAGUCAAGCACAGAUAAAACAGAGAAAGCGGUCAUCUGGGCAGCAAGCUAUGCUCAUUCUAUCGAACCACUGCAGUUGUUGCUCGCAUGUGGUGCCGACCCAUCCACACCUGGAACAGCAGAUCCAGCAAUAAUCGUGGCCGCCAAAGCCCAACUUUGGGACUGGGUGAGACUUUUGAUACAUCAUGGAGCCCAGCUUCACCAACAACUCUUUCAUAUCGCUGCCAUAUUUGAUAGCGCCGAGCUCGUUUCAGAAUUGAUUUCACGUGGCUACAACGUAAACACAACUGAAAACGUAUCCAAUCUAUGCAAGACUCUAGGAGCACAGUUAGCGAUACACGAGAUAUUUCACCCGGCGAUCUGGACAGCACUGCACACUGCAGCACAUUUUGGAUGUUUGAGAACAACAGCUGUUCUCCUCGACCGUGGUGCAGACUGUAAUGCUUUCGCAAAGGAAGGCGGGACGGAUUGCAACGGUUGGGAUGAUUUCUUUUCCUUGGGUGAUACAGGCCGAACACCUCUGUUCGCAGCAUUAACGCACCAAACGAGGUCAGCCGAAGUGGUACGCAUACUUCUCGAGCGAGGGGCUCACGUCAAUGGGCUUUGUAAUGAACACACUCCCCCAACCUCGAUCUUCACUCACAAGACAGCGUUGUGGGUCGCCGUGGACAGGAGUUUUCCGAGAGCAGUCAGGCUGCUCAUCCAACAUGGUGUGGCAUUCCACGAUACGAUAGCCAGAGUACUCUUACGACACACGAUAACAAAAAGAGACUCUGGUGUUUGCAAGGCACUGCUUGAGAUGUCAGUUGAUCACGGCAUUCCAACUCUCGGAUCAGACGUCUUACAUGAGCUUAUCUCUGGGUACUUGAAUUCGAUUUCGACUUCGUCUGGAACCAGACGAGUCGAGUUGCGCACGGCAAUUAGGUGGCUUUACAAGGCAGGUGCAAGACUAGACGUCUCGGCCCGCCGAAGUCUUCACGGAAAAGACGGCCUGAGUAUGCUAGACAAUAGCGAAUGGUCAAAUUUUCCGAUGACAAAAGAAGAGAGGGCACAUCUACUUCCAGGCUUGCCACCCAGACUCUGUCUGCUUCCGGAAAAGUUCCCUGGGUCUGUCAAUGACCCCUCGAGCCAAAUUACCGAAGCAGAGAGGGGACAUCUACUUUCAGGCGCCCCUCCUUCGAACAGGGCCCGAAGGAUUAUCACCAAAUCUAGGACCGAGACGAUUGAAGGACAAAGAUAUGAUCCACCUACAAUGGUACCGCCUCAAUCCUUGCUGGGCUGGUGGUGGCACCUUACCAUAGUAAUCGCGGUGAUACUUUUACUCACUUCUUCUUACUCGUUCUUACUCAUUCCAAUAUUACUUGUUGUAUUGGGCACUACGUUGCGGUGA